GAGAGAAAGGAGGAAUAGCGGGAGGAGGGGUUUAAUCCUGCCUGGAUUAUGGUAUGAACUAAUACUGGAGAGAAAGAAGAGAUACGCUGGAGAGAGAAAGUCACACUAUCCAUCCACCAAUCCAUCUGUUUUACUAUAUGUGUGGUUUGCAUCUCCUCGUCAACUUUUUGAUCAAUCCACACCUUUCACCACCUUCCAUGGACAUGUAUUCUGUGUGUUUCUGGUCUGGGACUGUGCCGGAAGAGGACUGAAUCUGUGUGAGGACCGAAGUUCACCAGGACGUCCCGGCUCUUUUGCCACUCUGCUUCUUUUUUUUUUGCGGUUCCAACUGUGGAAGCCUGGCAGAGAGAAAAGGAUGAUGGGAGUAAUAGAAAUCAGAUUAAGAGCCCUGGAGAGGGAGGCGUAAGAGGAUGGCAAGACGCUAUUGUAACCUUUCAUGUGCAGAAGUGACCUUUGACUCUGGAGACAAAAGCUUUGGACACUCUUCUGUGUGCCGGGAUAACCAUCUUAGGUGACAUCAGAUCUGUCAAUCACACCUUUUCCUCUUCUGCAUUGGCUAAAUGUGAACGUUGCUCGCAGACCGACGUGCCACUUUAAAGCAACAUGACAUAUUUACAACGAUUGCUGGACUGAUGCAGAUUGCAGCAGCUGCAGGGAUGAGCCACUGGAGUACGGGAAACGCCGGGAAUGCCAUUAAAUCGGACAGAAGUGGGCCACGCAGAAGGAGGCUGAUGAUGCUGAUGUGGAUUAUGGUCUCCAGCUCAUUGUGCCUGAUGGUUGAUGGCCAGAUGAAGAUCCCACCAGAAACUGUGCAGGAGUGGGCCGUGUCCUUCGGAAAGCAGAUGGCUGAGAUGUCUGGCAGAUACUCCGGAGCGAAACUUCUACAGAAGAAAUACAAGGAUAUUGAGAGUGUGGUGAAGAUGGAGGAGGUGGAUGGUGAGGAGCUGGCGAGGGAUUUUGCUGAGGAAAUGGAGCGGAUGCUUGGGAGAAAGAUGAAAUCUGUGAAGAGUUUAGCAGAAGCAGCAGAGGAUGCUGAUCUUGGCCACGAAUACAAUGAAACACUAGAGUUUGACUACUUUAACUCGCUAUUGAUCAACACGGUGGACGAUGAUGGGAAUCCAAUACCACUUGGUGGAGAGUUCGCCCUGGAGGAAAAUGAACAUUUCAACAAACUGCCAGUCAACACACAGCAGAGUAACAUACAAGUUCCAACAAAUGUUUAUAAUCGAGAUCCAGAUAUUUUAAAUGGAGUCUACAUGUCUGAGGCCUUGAAUGACAUUUUCAUGGAUAACUUCAAAAAAGAUCCAACUCUCACCUGGCAAUACUUUGGCAGUGCCACGGGUUUCUUUAGGCUGUACCCAGGGAUCAAGUGGAUGCCAGAUGAAAAUGGUGUGGUCACCUUUGACUGCAGAAACAGAAACUGGUACAUCCAAGCUGCCACUUCUCCCAAGGAUGUGAUAAUCGUAGUUGAUGUCAGCGGAAGCAUGAAGGGACUCAGGCUGACAAUAGCCAAACACACAAUUAAUACAAUCCUCGACACACUGGGAGAAAAUGAUUUCGUUAACAUAAUCGCUUACAGUGACUACGUCCGCUAUGUAGAGCCCUGCUUCAAGGGCAUUCUGGUACAAGCUGAUCUGGAUAACAGAGAGCAUUUCAAGCUCCUGGUGGAAGGGCUUCAUGUCAAAGGAGAGGGAAAAGUUAAAAAUGCAAUGAAGGAAUCUUUCAAAAUCCUCAAUGAGGCUGCUGCACUGGAGCAGGGCAGCCUGUGUAACCAGGCCAUCAUGCUGAUAACAGACGGCGCGAUGGAGGACUUCCAGGACGUGUUUGAAGAGUCUAACUGGCCAGAACGACGAGUUCGGGUGUUCACCUAUCUAAUUGGACGUGAGAUGACAUUUGCUGAAAAUGUCAAGUGGAUAGCUUGCAACAAUAAGGGUUACUACACACAUGUUUCUACGCUGGCUGAUGUUCAGGAAAAUGUUAUGGAGUACCUCCAUGUUCUCAGCCGGCCAAUGGUUAUCAACCACGACCACGAUAUAAUCUGGACUGAGGCCUAUAUGGACAGUGUGCUCCCCAAUAAAGAUGAGAUGUUCAACACUCAGGCACAAAGUCUGCUCAUGAUGACUUCAGUAGCCAUGCCUGUGUUCAGCAAGAAAGAAGAGACUCUGUCUCAUGGGAUUUUACUGGGGGUAGCAGGCACUGACGUGGCCUUGCGGGAAUUGAUGAGAUUAGCUCCACGAUACAAGCUGGGUAUCCAAGGUUACGCCUUCCUCAUCACCAAUAAUGGGUACAUUCUGGCUCAUCCCGAUCUACGACCUUUGUAUAAAGAAGGGAAGAAGCUAAAGCCAAAACCGAACUACAACAGUGUUGAUUUGGCAGAGGUAGAAUGGGAAGACACUGAGGAAAAACUUAGGACAGCCAUGGUCAAAGGAGAGACUGGAACACUGUCCCUAGAUGUGAGAACCUCAGUGGAUAAAGGAAGGAGAGUGAUGUUCUUAAAGAAUGAUUACUUCUACACCAUCAUCAAAGAGACGCCAUUUAGCCUAGGUAUUGUGUUGAGUAGGGGGUAUGGAGAGUACAUCUUCACUGGGAAUGUCUCUGUAGAGGAGGGUCUUCAUGACCUAAUGACUCCAGAUCUGGUCAUAGCCAAUGAGUGGACCUACUGUGAGACAGACAUUGACCCGGCUCAUCGCAAACUGACCCAGCUGCAAGCUGUGAUAAAAUACCUCACAGGCAAAGAGCCAGACCUGGAAUGUGACCGGCAGUUGUUGCAGCAAACUUUAUUUGAUGCUGUGGUUACAGCGCCGAUGGAAGCUUAUUGGACCGCUCUCAUGCUCAACACAUCGGGUAUGGAUGAAGGGAUUGAAACGGCUUUCUUGGGGACGCGUUCAGGCUUGCUGAGAUACCUGAGGUACACUGGUACUGAGAAAAGAAUCGGCAAGUCUUUCCUGACCGCCACAGACAAGGAGAACAUGUUCACGCUGGACCAUUUCCCAGUGUGGUACCGCAGAGCAGCUGAGUACCCAGCUGGACAGUUUCUGUACUACAUGCCCAGACAAGACACGAAAGCAGGGAGGAUCGUGAUCGCCACCACUGCUGUCACUGUGACGGUGGGCAAGAAGACCGCCAUUGCUGGAGCCAUUGGGAUCCAGAUGACUCUGGAGGCGAUGGAGUCCAAAUUCUGGUCCACUACAGCGCAGCCAAAUACAACAGAUUGCUCCACUGUGGAGGGUAUUUGUCCUCUUCGCUGUGACAGAUUUGAUAUUGAGUGCUACGUGAUUGACAAUAAUGGCUUUGUCCUCAUUUCUAAACAGCGCAAUGUUGUGGGAAGGUUUUUUGGCCAGAUUGAUGGGUCAGUGAUGACCACCUUGAUCAGGAUGGGCAUGUUCAAAAGGGUGUCCUUGUUCGACUAUCAGGCCAUGUGUAAGAUGAACUCACACUCCGUCAGCGGUGCCCGCCCACUUUUCAGUCCGUUCUAUGGUUUGGCGUCAACCUUCAAGUGGUUCCUCUCCCACUUUCUGCUGUUUCUACUGAAGUUUAAUAUCUGCAGCAUCUGGCACGCAGAUCAUUUUGCUGAUGCCAAGCCAUCCUACAGUUUGUCCUCUGCUCACAAGAAAAAAGGGGACAUCUUGCAGCCGUGUGACACAGAGUACCCCAGCUUCGUUUACGAGCCAUCAGUCAAAGAAACCAACAGCAUUAUCAAGUGCGGACGAUGCCAGAAGAUGUUUGUUGUGCAGCAGAUACCGGACAGCAACCUGCUGAUGCUCGUCGUGCAAGCAGACUGUGACUGCUCACGUCAGUACCCAGCAAUCACCCUGGAGCCCAAAGAAGUCAAAUAUAAUGCAUCAGUGAAGUGCGAAAGGAUGAGGUCCCAGAAAAUUCGCAGACGCCCUGAGUCCUGCCACGCAUAUCAUGCACACGAGAAUGCUGCCGACUGUGGAGGGGCAUGCUUCAUAUCUCUCUCAGCCUCUCUCCUCAUCAUCUGUCUCUGCUUUGCUGCACUUGCUUCCUGAUGAUGGACAGCUUUUACUGUUUCACCUUUACUCAUGUAAGGGAGGAGGACAGAAAUAAUUCAGGAGAUGGGUUUGCACACUGUUCACCUCCAGGGGAUUUUUUUCAAGCAACAGAUUCUGCACAUUUAGUUCGGGAAGGCUGCAAACAAAGACUCCCCCGCGGCACCUUUUAUGUGAUUUAUGAGCAUUUCUUGAUUACCUCCUGGGACUCAAUACGUAUGAACUAAGAACUGCAAGAAAAAAGCAAAGUUAAUAGGCCCUUGUUGCCAUGGACACUUUUCAUUUUGAUUUUUUCUCAUUCACCGCUUUGCGUCUCAGAAUGAAAAUGGACUAAAGAGGCGAAGGUGGUAGCGUGCAUUAAUAAAGGGAUUAUGAGUCACAAGGUGCAACAUAACGAAGUCUAUGAGACACAUCUGCUGUUCCUGUCAUCUGAGCUUAAUAUUGCAGACACACAUGCAUAUCAUAUACGUGGUUGCUUGCAUGCAUUUUUCCGGCAAAUAUAUUGUUGAUGCAAUUUUUCAUCAUCAACCAUUCUUUAUCUUCACAUAAAAAAACCUCUGCUGUGUUCAAAGUUAUUUUACGUGGGAGCACAAUAAUGAAUUACAUUACAGUUACAAUGGAUAGGAUGACGGCUCUCUCAUAUAGUCACAAUUGAGUUAUAGUAUUGAAAGUCACUUCUGUAUGAUACAAAUAUAGAGGCAGUGGCAGGAAAAAAAACAUGUAAACUAAUUCGAAUAAACCACAACAAUGCAAUCUAAUCUUCAUCUAAGUCACAAUAAUAGACAAACACAAUGGGCCUUUGCUGAUGACACUCAAACUGUUACGUUUUCGCCCAUCUGAAUGAAACACACACAUUAAACAUUCAAGUCUGAUGGAAACAUUAAGUGAACACUUGGAGUUAAUACUUAGUUGAGUCUCCUUUUGACAGCAAUUACUUCCAUCUUAACGUUCAGCAGCUCCCGCUCAGACCUGAGAAACGUUCAGGGGGAAUGUGUGACCAUUAAUUCAAGGGCAUGUGUUUGAUCUUAAUAUUGGUUGGGAGAUAUUCCUCCCUUUUUUUAAAAAUUCAAAAUAACUGAUUUGCUCCUGUAGAUAAGUGAUCACUGGCUAUCUGCAUAAGAGGAAACCCAAGUUUACCACCUAUAUUUAUAUCAGACAUAGUUUGAUAUAGAUAUGUUUGAUGCAUUAGAACAUUAUAUUCUAUUGCGUCCUAUUCUAACAACAUAAACACAGAGAGGCUGUUGUAAUGUGACAAUUUGGUGAUUAACAAAUCAAUCCAUAACUGUAACAUCUUAAGAUCUCACCUAAGCCCUGAAGGUCCAGCUGCCUUUAUCUCAACCUGGUCUGCAGCAUCUAUAAUGGAUUUCCUUGAGUUUCCCCAUGUGCAACAAAAGCAUUCACGAAUAAGAUGUCUGAAGUUGGAUUCCAUUAAUUUUUUUAUGGACUAAUGUAAUAUUUCAACUUCACCUGAAACUCUGAUGCAUUUGUUUCUUCAGCAUGCUGUUAUCCAUCAGCAGGUUGUGAUUAUGCUCCCUGCAUACAACAUGUUGGAUUUAUGGACAUAUUUUCUUAGGAUUUCUUAGGACUGAAUUUACAGUUUCCUACAUUAACCCUUUUUAUUUUAUUUUCUUAAUCAAACUUUAUUUAUAAUUUUAGAUCUCCAGUAAAAGACAAAUAAUGAAAUGACUUAAAAAGACCAGAAACAAAAGUCUGAGGCGGUGAGAAGACGAUGGCGCAAACACUUUUUUUUUUUGUCACUUUGUCUUUAUUGGAUUUUCAGGUUAUUACAACUGCACAUUUAUACCAGAUUACAAAGAUUAUCUGUAUAUUCACCCUGCAACAAACAAAAAAAUAAAAAGUAGAAAAACAUGAACAUAAACUUGUGGGUUAGCACAUUAAUAAUCUAUCCUAAAAAAGAAAAGAGAAAGAAAAAGAGGUCCGCAUCCUUAUGCUUUCGCAAAAACUGAUUUGUCUCAUCAGCUUAGGCAUUGUGUUUGUCUAUCACUGUGACUAAGACAUGAAUCAGAAUUACAUUUUGUGGCAAAAUAAAUGCAGAAACCCAGUUAUUUCAAAAGAGGGUCCAGAUAAUUUACCUUGCCACCGUGUGGAAUAAAGUUAAACAGAAUGGCUUUUUACCUCUUUUUUAAAUAUUUAUUAAUGUUACAUUCCAAAAGUAUUUGUUCCAUCGGCAAUUUUCUUUUUUUUAAUGUCUUUCUGCCUUUUUGUCUUGAUCAACUGUUUCUGUUUGUUUGUAAAGGUUGUAUGUAACCAUGUUGGUCCGUUUGUUGGGAUGGAUGUGUGAAAACCAGAACUGUGCUUUAUGUUUUCAUGGGGUAUAAUUUAACAAAGUCUUUGCAAUAUUUAAGAAAAAUAAAUGUGUAUUUUGUUUUAAUUGUCCACAAUGGAUCGUUUGCACUUUUUCCCGAUUCUAAUGUUCCAGGAAUCAAAAGGAAAGAAGUUACAUUGCUUUAUUUUUUGCCAGAUUGUAUAUUUUUUGUCUAAAUUUCCAGAAUCUUUUACUCAUGACUACUUGUUAUUAAAAUAUGAAUUUCUAAUUUAAGAAUUACAAUCUGUGACUGUCUGACAAAAAUGAAAGAAACCUGUUAAUAUCUUAAUAAAACUAUAAAUCAUAUAAAUCAAAUUUUUGUAUACAUUUGCUUGUGUGCUUUAUAUUUUGAAGUGUUUUCUUUGCAUAUCAUUGCUUUUCUUUGCCUGUGUCUAUCCAUGAAGGCUUUUAUAUGAUUUUUUUUUUUCAUCAUCUUACAGAUCAUAUAUUUAAGUUGAUGUGGCUCUAAGACUGACCAGUUUUUAUCCUGUGCAACUUUAUUUCAUGUGUGGGGGGGUGCAUCAUUACAGCAUGUACUGUUGUGAGGAAGUUUUGAAAUUAAAUCUAUCCAUCUGUCCCAUUUAUGUUUGCAACUUUCACUGUGCUGUUGUAUGUAAAUUGUAUUCAUGACAUGUCCACAUGGACCGCAGCCAUGGUUUGUACAAGAUCAAAUAAUUAAACAAUCCAUAUGGGUUUUGUA